GGCGGGGCCAGAGCAGGAAGUGCUGGUGUAACAAGCUCGGCUAGCCAGCUAGUUGCCGUCAGAUAGGUUAGCUUCUUUUUUUUUUUUUUUUACUCAGUAAUUAACAUGGGUCUGUUCGGCAGAACACCAGAUAAACCUCCCAAAGACUUGAUCAAUGAAUGGUCUCAGAAAAUCAGGAAGGAAAUGAGAGUGAUUGACAGACAAAUACGAGAUAUUCAAAGAGAACAAGAAAAAGUUAAGCGAUCCAUCAAAGAUGCUGCAAAAAAGGGCCAGAAAGAUGUAUGUGUGAUCCUUGCCAAAGAGAUGAUUCAGUCAAAACGGGCUGUUUCAAAACUUUACGCUUCCAAAGCCCACAUGAACUCUGUGCUUCUUGGCAUGAAGAAUCAGCUUGCCCUUCUUCGUAUAGCUGGAGCCCUGCAGAAAAGCACAGAGGUUAUGAAGGCCAUGCAGAGUCUUGUCAAAAUCCCAGAGAUACAGCUCACCAUGAGGGACCUUUCCAAGGAAAUGAUGAAGGCUGGCAUCAUUGAGGAAAUGCUGGAAGACACAUUUGAAAGCAUGGAAGAUGGAGAGGAAAUGGAGGAAGAAGCAGAGGAGGAAGUUGACAAGAUCCUCUUUGAGAUUACAGCAGGUGCCCUUGGCAAAGCACCAAGCAAAGUCACAGAUGCCCUGCCAGAUCUGCAGCCUGCUGGAGCAACUGCAGCGUCAGAAGAUGAGUCAGAGGAGGACUUGGAAGCAAUGCAGUCAAGACUGGAAGCUCUGAGGAGCUAAGGUGGACUGCCCCGGUCAGAGUCAGUAGGCACGUGAACAGAGACAGUUCUGGUGCAGGGUUUACAGUGCGGAGCAUCCUCUUUGCUUUUUAUUAUAAUUUUGCAUAAUCAUUUGGGGUUAACAUUUGCUAUGACAGUGUUUUUUCUUGAAUACAGCGUAAGAAAAAGUGGUUCAGCUUCCUGUCUUUUAUCAUCAGACAUACUCCAAGUAUGUCCGUAUUUUCCAAAGUCAAGCAGAAGGUUUAGGGAAGUGUAUAUAAUGUAAGUAUAAAAAGCCUUCUGUGCCUACAGUGCUCUAUUCUUUUUUUCCUAUCUUAAGUUAUGGACUGGUUAUGGAGGUUCUUUAGUCUAUGACCCAAACAGAUGAUUGAAUAACGGCUGAUAAAUCAAAUCACACAGUAGCUCACAUGGCAGCAGUAGUUUUAUCUCUUAGGGCACCUUUUUGUGAGCCACAGCUGUUUCUGUGCAUCAGUUAUUAGCCUAAAAUAUCUUUGACACUAGAGUUGAUGGAGUUUUUGCUUCGUUCAGUAAUUUUCUGUACAGACAAACUGUAUCUGUUCUGUAUGUGAUCAUUCAUGUACGAGUACACUCAUCAGAAAAAUGCAUGCAUACUACUUUGACCCAUGCCUUGCUUAAACACUCAACUUGUUAAAUGUUUUUGACUUUGGAUCAUGAUGGGUCUUUCUCCACAGGAUGAUACUGAGGAGGUAAAAAUGUUGGUUGGUGCAUAAAUAUGUAUUGUUAAAGUACUGUGUGUAUAAUUUUUCUAUAUAAACUGGAAAAAAAAGACUAAUAAACUUUUAAGAAAGAAA